AAGAGCACCGGAUCAUUUCUCUUAAUCGGUAAUCCCGCGGGGUACGCCACCGACCUCAGAUUUACUCACUCACGAAACGAAAACAACGGAAAGAAGAAAGCAGUAGAAGAAAUGAAGAAGCUCUUCGCCUUGUUUCUGCUGAUAUCGUCGAUGCUGAUGGCCGAAGCUGGAAAUGCCGAAGACUCCUCGACCUCUUCACGUUCGGUGCACAUCGUGUACACGGAGAGACCCGUAGGAGGUGAAGAAGAUCCCGAAGCCUUCCACAUCCGUACGCUGUCUUCCGUCCUCGGCAGCGAAGAGGCUGCGAAGGAAGCUUUGGUUUACAGUUAUAAGACGGCGGCCAGCGGUUUCUCUGCUAAGCUUACGCCCCAACAGGUUGAGGAGAUUUCAAAGCAACCUGGCGUUCUUCAGGUUGUGCCGAGCCAGAAGCUGCAUCUGCAUGGUGGACCUAACAGACUCCACUAGGUGAGGUAAAAUGGCCCCUGUACAUAUGGAUAAAUGGACCUGUCAGCUUCAACCGCCUUCCUCUGUUUCUCAUAUAUACAAGUAACCGCAACAGUAUGAACCAUGAACCUUAAAAUGAAUGUGUGAUACAAUAAACAACUUGUGUGUGAACUCUAUCAUUAUGGUGGUUGGAUUUUAUAGCAGGAGUUGCUACA